UGAUAUUAUGAGAGGAUACCCCCAAAUGGCAAAGGACUUUCCAAAUGCAACCGCUUGUAUUCUGAUCCGCAACACCUCUGCCACUGAUCCGGAUGAUCACUUCCCGUACAAUACAAAGGACUUUAAGGAUGUACCCACCAAUAAGUACAUGUUCUUCCGCACGCCAGAUGAUAUCCGUCACCUGAACUUUGCCAAUGGUGACUGCGUCAAUUCAUCAGUGCCUCAGAAUGUCACAUUCGACUAUCAAGGUUUACCCUUUGAUUCUGAUAAUAUCCUAAGUGGAUCCGCUCUAUCGUCGUUGAAGCUGUCGCCCAUGACC